UCGCAAGCUCUAUUCACUAAAAUAACAGACAAUGAUCAUCAAAUAAAAUCAUCCAAUCAUCAUCAUCAUUAUCAUCAUCAUCAUCAUCAUCAUCAUCCAAAAUAAUAAUAAAAAAUAGACAAUUACCCACUCAUCAAUUAUUUAAAUGGAAUUUUUCGCCACCAGGUAAUGGCGAGUUUAAUAAAUUCAACUACUACACUAAUUGGUGAUGCGUAUGAUUUUUAUUUGUGGGCUCUUUCAAUCUCAGAUGAGAGAACGAAAGGAUGGCUGCUGGUGGACUCACCAGUGCCGACGUUAUUUUUUACGGUGAUAUAUUUAAUGAUCGUGUGGUGGGGGCCCAAGUUGAUGAGAAAACGGAAACCGUUUAAAUUAACAUGGAUAUUAGUACCAUACAAUUUUGCAAUGGCAGCUUUGAAUGCGUACAUUGCUAUUCAACUCUUCGUAGCUUCAUUCAAAUUAAGCUAUAGUUAUAUUUGUCAGCCAAUUAGAAAUGUGUGGAAAGCUGAAGAAUUGCAAAUUGCAAAUGCUAUAUGGUGGUAUUACUUUAGUAAAUUAUUAGAAUUUUGCGAUACAAUUUUCUUUAUCUUACGUAAAAAAGACAAUCAAUUAAGUUUCUUGCAUGUUUAUCAUCAUUCAACAAUGUUCUCAUUGUGGUGGAUUGGUAUCAAAUGGGUUCCAAGUGGUUCUACAUUUUUACCGUCGAUGGUUAAUAGCUUUAUCCACGUGUUGAUGUACUCUUACUACGGAUUAGCGGCAUUUGGACCGGAAGUUGCUAAAUAUUUAUGGUGGAAAAAGUACUUAACGAUAUUGCAACUUAUACAAUUCACAAGUGCAUUGAUUCUGGGCAUUAAUGGUAUUAGAUCGGGAUGCGAAUUUCCAUUAUGGAUGCAGUAUGCACUUAUUGUAUAUAUGAUCUCAUUUAUUGUAUUAUUUGGUAAUUUCUAUGCUAAAGCAUAUAUAAAUAAGGGCAAAAAGGCAUACGCUGAUCAGAAAAACGUAACAAAUGGCCGACAAAAUGGCUUUAAUGGAGUCAAAAAAAUUCAAUAAGAAAAAUAAAAUAAAAAGUAAUUAAUAAGAAGAUUAAUAUAUAGGUAAAAAAAUAAAAUAAAUGAUUGGUAAUUUGUUAGUUUUUCAAUGAGGUCAAAAAAUCACCGACUACGAUUACACUAAUAGUGUAAUAAAUAAUAAAAAUAAAAAUUCAAUAUAAUUAUAAUAAUGGUGACAUAUGACGAACGGAUGCGUGUCGCAAGUCAUACUGACGUUUCUAUUUUAUUCUUAAGAAUUAUGAAUGGGUAAAUAGAAAAUGUGUCUACUAUAUACUAAUAAUUCAGUCAUAUAAAUCUUAAUCACAUUUAUCACGUUUAGUUUUUUGUCACGCAUAAUUUUACGUGAUUUCACGUGACAAUUUUAAAGAAAAAAAUUAUUAUUCUUUUUUUUUUAGAAUAAAUAAAUUUUUGUACUUAAUUUUUUUUUUUUUUUUUUUAAAGAAUACUAAAUAUUAUUAUUAGUGAUAGAAGAUGACGAAUUGGAAUGAUAGUUGUACAUAAUUGAAAAAAAUGAAAAUGAAAACAAAAAAAAAAUACUAAGUUAUGCUUUUGAAUUUUCUUACUGUUUAUUAGUAUACAUACAUAUAUUAGGUAUACUAUACAUAUAUACAUAUUUUUGAAUUCAUGGUUCGAUAGCAAAUUCGAUGCCCUUUCAAACGAGUACCCACAAGCCAUACUUAUUUGUUAUUUCAAAGAAUGUAUAUAAAUAUAUAUAAGAUAUAUAUAUGUAAAUCUUUGAGAAUACGAGAAAUAAGUAUGGCUUGUUGGUACUCAUUUUAAAGGGCAUGAAAUUCUCUAUCAGUAAAUGAAUUCAAAACAUGUAUAUAAAUAUAUAUAUAUAAUUAUCAACAGCAUUUGUUUAUGAUUAUAAUUAUUUAAUGAUAUAUAAAAAAUGUUAUGUUUUAAAUAGUUUUUACAUCAAUGAAAAAAUUAAUUUAGAGGUAAUUAUAAAAUAUUGAAAAAAAAGUAUAAUAACAAAUAUAUU